AUUGAUGCUGUGGUUUCCGCUUAUAAUAUAACAUCGGAGUGUUUAUUAAAGUUUUUUGAGUGUAGUCUUAUUUAUAGAAACAAAUAUGUCUUUGACAAUGACCAGUAAAGUGAGUGAGUGUCAUGCAGAAACUUUACAGUUCAUGGCAAUAGAGAAAGUUCAGGAAGAGCAUCCAGAAAAAGAAUACAGUGCUGGCAGUACCCUUCUCCGACGAGGGAAGAAAUUGGAAGACAACAACAACUUGACAAAAGAAGAUCUUGAAUAUAUCAACUAUAGACAACUGCUCAAGUAUGAACAGGCUCCAGCUUACUUACAGCACAAUCCCUUCAUUAGAGAUGGAUAUAGAAAAAUGUUGCCUACUAAAUUAUGUUGGGAAAGCAUAUUCUGGUGGACGAAUGAAACUAUGAACAUCUGGACGCACAUCUUCGGCUUUUUCCUGCUGUUCUGCCUCACCAUCAACGACCUGGCCAUCAUUAACAUUCACGCCACUGUCAUCGACAAAACUGUAGCUGCAAUUCUGUUCUCGUGUUUCUUGAUCUGCAUGUUGCUGUCAGCUCUCUACCAUACGUUCUCAUGCCGAUCAGAGCACGAUUACAACACAUUCUUGAUGUAUGAUCUCUUUGGUAUAGCGCUCUCGCUACUGGCCAUCUACACUUCUGGCGUUUAUUAUGCUUUUUGGUGCCAUCAUGAGCUGAAGACCUUCUACAUGACGUCAGUGACUCUGAUAUUUAUAGUGGCAAUGGUGCUUCAGUGGCCGCGACUAAAAGUGCCUUAUCCCGUCAAAAUGUGCAUGUUUAUUGGCUGGGCAGCUUAUGGAGUAGUUCCUACCCUGCAUUGGACGUAUGCUAUGGGAGGAUUCGAUAAUCCCAUGGUGCAGAUGUUCUUUCCUAGAGUAAUAGGAAUGUACGCCAUCAGUGGCACAGCGUUCAUCUUUUAUGCAUUCAAGAUCCCAGAACGAUGGUUCCCGGGGAAAGUAGACUAUUUGGGUCAUUCGCACCAAUGGUGGCACAUUUUCGUUCUAGGGGCGUUGUACUACUGGCACAACUCAGCAAUGAUUUACGUACAAUAUCGCAUGAACCACGGCUGCGCCAAUAACAUGCGGAUAUAUUAAACUGUAUUUGUGGUUAGGUUAUAAUAAUUUUUAUUUUAAUCAAUUCCAAAUUCAAAAACAAUUCCAAUUGUCAUGAUAUAGGAAAAUUGUAUUUAGCAAAUUGUAUUUUUUGACUGUAUAGGCUACUGCGCGAUAACGUUGGCGCCAAAAAGCGAGUCUAGCGCCAGCGAAGCUCAGAACUAGAUAACGUCAAUUUUUUGAGUUUUAACGACAAUGAUUUUGUUCUCUUGUCAAUCUGUUUUAUAACAAUUAUUAGACAUCCCACCCCUCUGGAAUUGUGGAAUUCUCAAAUACGGUACCUUAAACAGUGCCAGGACGCUAUCGAUUGCGUAGAACAGUUGUAUGGCAAUUUGUAGUUUUUCUUGUGACCGCUAGGGGCGCAGCACAAUAUGCUAUAACACAUUUCGAUCCCUUACUUUCUCAAACUCGUAUCUUAUAAAGAGUGAUUAUUCAGGAGAUGGCAAAACUUUCUAUUUUAAAUUACUUGUCAAGGGCGUUAAUUGAAUCAAGUAAAAGCCAUUUUGUAAAUAUAAAGGAAAUGUGAUGUGAAAUCUGCUUGCAAAAUUUGUAGGUAUAUACAUUCCAUUUUUUUUUCAUUUCAGUAGCUUUGUGUUUACGAGUUUGAGAAAGUAAGGCGACGAUUUGUCAAAUAUUUUUAAUGGUAGCUUUUGUGGCUAUUGGCACUGUGAAACACAUUGUAGAAGUACUAAAUAAGGCAGAAUGAUCAUUAAGUCGAUAGAGCAAUGACUUUACUGCAGAGAACUGAUGGCUACAAAAUAUAGCAGAAUUUACUGUAAGUGAUUUCACUAAAAUGUUUUCAAUAGAAAUUGACGUAAAAACAAUUCAUUGUAUUCGAAUUAAAAUGUCGCUUCGUUUACUCACAAAAUAGUUAACACGUGCAUGUAAAACGACCCUUUCGCUAUCUGCACACAUUAUCCUUCGUAUGGUCCACGUACGAAGUCUCCCAGGACGCAUUGUAGGAUUUCAAGAUGGCGCUGCGACUACAUUCAUAAUCCUGCAUUACGCGGCGGACUGCAAUACAGGAUAAUUAAUGCCCCCAUAAACGCCUACUCAGUUUUAUGACUCGUGUCACAGUGAUUUAGCCAAGGACCAAAGCAAUAAAAGCACCAAUUCCUUCUGGAGGAUAUGGUCAAAUUUUAUGAGGCUAUUUUUUUCAUAAAUAAGGUGUAAUGCACAUUCCAGAUACAAAUAUUUUAUUUAGCCUUGAAUGUGUCCAAACGUUGCUAUUUUCUAAUAUCACUUUUCUAAUAUCAAAAAAUAACCGAUAAAAAUGUAACUUAUUGGGCAUAAUUCUGUUAAAAUAAUCGUGCAAAAUGAUGCACUUCUAUUGGUUUACCACAUUAAUUCUUUAGUAGAAAACAUUUAACAUUUAGACACAUGCUUUUGCCUACCAAAACAGGAGAUUUAUUAAAUAAAAUUGAAAUGUAUAAUAUUACAUAACAAAUUUAUUUUAAUUUUUACGUAAUUAUUAGUAAAAAAUAAUAUUACUUUAUUGGCUUGCGAUACAAUAAAAAAUAAUGUGUGGAAUGGGUAUAGGAAUCUAUAAAGAACUAUACUGCCCUCGUAACGAAAAAAGGCACAACUAUGCGUAUUUAACACAGCAGUAGA